AUGUCUCUCACGCUCAAGGUCACAUCACUGUUCGUCAGAACGCUUGCGAAGCCUGUAGCAAAUGCCAUCAAACGCAAUGCCCACGAACACGAUCGCUUCCGCCGGAUAUGCGUCAAAUUUGCCCAAGGUUUGCAUCGCGUCGAUAUGCGCAUGCGCCUCGGCCUCCUCCAGGACCCGGCUGUUAUCGACAGACAGAUUAAGAAGGAAGUCCAAUUAGCAGAGGCUGCGCGGAAAAAAGCAGCCGCCCCAACGGUUCUUACUGAAGAGGAGAUGAAGGCGGAGGAGGCGCUCACGGAGAAGGAACGAGAAGCUAUCAAGAAGAAGACUGAAGAGAGAAUUAAGCCGCGUAUCCGACCUCUAUCCGAACAAAAAGCCAUCGAGAUGGGCGCCAACUUCGCUGCCGAGACUUUCAUAUUCGCUGUUGGGAUCGCUGUAAUUCUCGUCGAGCAAUGGCGGCAAAGAAGGAAGGCACGCAAUGCCAGAGACGACAUAAGAGAAGAUUUGGAGGAGGUGCAGGCUGAGCUCAAGGCAGUCAAGGCAGAAUUCGAGGAGUUCAAGGCGAAGCACCCGGAGCCCGCAUCCUCAAAGUUACUAGGAUUCUUCACGGGCAGUGGGAAGAAGGAAGACAAGAAGCCUGAAGCCGUGAGCGCCGAAGCGAAGCCAGCAUCUGUCGAGGCUCAGCGCGAUGCCACCCAAUCGACGAAUGCUACAUCCGCGAUGCAAGAGCAGUCGUCAGCCGAUAAGCCCUCACAACAUAAGGAUCUAGGCAUGUACACUCGGGAAGCGUAG